UGAGCGUAUGCACUAGGGUGGCAAAGUGGGGAGCGAGGAGGCCUGUCCUGUGGUGCUGUAGUCGUUGGAGUGGGUGAUGAUGGUGGCUCACGUCUGAAUGGUGUUGGUGAGCCUGAUGGCAAGGGGACAGUGUCCGGGCCAGUUUUGUGGGAAGAACCAGCAUGAUUUGCUGAGCAGACUGGAUGCGGAAUGUGGGAGGAAGAGAAGAGAUGGGGAUGACAUCCUUUGUUUCCAGCCUCAGCAGUUGGAAGGAGGGCGUUGUGAACAGAGAAGACUGUGUAAGAAGGUUCUCUGACGACUAUGGAAAGAGGAAGGAGAAACUAGGAGAUUUUCUUUAAAUCGCUGAUUGACUUCUUCGCAGAGUUACCGUGGCCUUCAGAACUGGGUGGCACGUGCGUGUGUCCAGAGCAGUGUUGAAGGUGAACGCAGACCCCAGGGCCCUGCCCCGCCCUCCACGUCCGCCUCCCACAGAUUGCGGAAGCGGGAGAAGAUUCUGUAACUGAGAGGCAUUCUUCAAGCUGCUGGAAAAUAUUACAGAAGGAACACCUCCCAAAUGUUGCCUCAAGCUCUGAGAAAAGGAGCACCCGGGGGAAACUUAGUGUGGCUGUGGAUCGAAGCGAACCCUGUGGGAGCGAUGAACGGGGACUUGGUGCGCGGACGCCUGGCCUGAUCUUGAGAGGCCUGAGUUUAUGUUGGUGGAACUGGCGGGCCGAGAGGCCCUGAGACCAGCAGGUGCCGUCUGUAUGGAGAAGAGCGGCUGUGGUCCAUUUCCAAUGUGUUGGGCUAAAGAUUAUGACAGAUACAUAGCACCAAGCAAAAUAAUGGCAGCUGCUUACCUUGACCCAAACUUGAAUCACACCCCGAAUUCGAGUACCAAGACCCAUCUGGGUACCGGAGUGGAACGUUCCCCCGGGGCAAUGGAGCGAGUGUUGAAGGUCUUUCAUUAUUUUGAGAACAGCAGUGAGCCAGCCACUUGGGCCAGUAUUAUCAGGCACGGAGAUGCUACUGAUGUCAGGGGCAUCAUUCAGAAGAUAGUGGACAGUCACAAAGUAAAGCACGUGGCCUGCUAUGGAUUUCGUCUCAGUCACCUGCGGUCAGAGGAGGUUCACUGGCUCCAUUUGGAUAUGGGUGUCUCCAAUGUGAGGGAGAAGUAUGAACUUGCACACCCACCAGAGGAGUGGAAAUAUGAAUUGAGAAUUCGUUAUUUGCCAAAAGGAUUUCUAAACCUUACUGAAGACAAGCCAACUCUGAAUUUCUUCUAUCAACAGGUGAAAAGUGACUACAUGUCGGAGAUAGCUGACCGGGUGGACCAGGACAUCGCUUUGAAGCUGGGCUGCCUAGAAAUACGGCGCUCGUAUUGGGAGAUGCGAGGCAACGCGCUGGAGAAGAAGUCCAACUAUGAGGUGUUAGAAAAAGAUGUUGGUUUGAAGCGAUUUUUUCCUAGGAGUUUACUGGAUUCUGUCAAGGCCAAAACACUAAGAAAACUGAUCCAGCAGACGUUUAGACAGUUCGCCAACCUGAACAGAGAAGAGAGCAUUCUGAAAUUCUUUGAGAUCCUCUCCCCAGUGUACCGAUUUGAUAAAGAGUGCUUCAAGUGUGCCCUCGGUUCAAGCUGGAUUAUUUCAGUGGAACUGGCGAUCGGCCCAGAGGAAGGAAUCAGUUACCUCACGGACAAGGGCUGCAGCCCCACACAUCUGGCCGACUUCAAUCAAGUGCAGACCAUUCAGUAUUCCAACAGCGAAGACAAGGACAGGAAAGGAACGCUGCAGCUGAAAAUCGCGGGCGCCCCCGAGCCUCUGACAGUGACGGCACCGUCCCUGACCAUCGCCGAGAAUAUGGCUGACCUGAUAGAUGGGUACUGCCGGCUGGUGAACGGAGCCACGCAGUCCUUUAUCAUCAGGCCCCAGAAAGAAGGUGAACGGGCUUUGCCAUCAAUACCAAAGCUGGCCAACAGCGAGAAGCAAGGCGUGCGGACACACGCGGUCUCCGUGUCAGAUGAAAUUAGUGGGGACGAAACCGACGACUAUGCUGAGAUUAUAGACGAAGAGGAUACCUACACCAUGCCCUCAAAAAGCUAUGGAAUAGACGAAGCCAGGGACUACGAGAUUCAAAGAGAAAGAAUCGAGCUUGGACGGUGCAUCGGGGAAGGCCAGUUUGGGGACGUCCACCAAGGCGUCUACAUGAGUCCAGAGAAUCCGGCUUUGGCGGUCGCAAUUAAAACAUGUAAAAACUGUACUUCGGACAGCGUGCGAGAGAAAUUCCUUCAAGAAGCCUUAACGAUGCGCCAGUUUGACCACCCCCACAUCGUGAAGCUGGUCGGUGUCAUCACGGAGAACCCCGUCUGGAUAAUCAUGGAGCUGUGCACGCUUGGAGAGCUGAGGUCGUUUCUGCAAGUGAGGAAGUACAGUUUGGAUCUCGCGUCUUUGAUCCUGUAUGCCUAUCAGCUUAGUACAGCUCUGGCGUAUCUGGAGAGCAAAAGAUUCGUGCACAGGGACAUUGCUGCUCGGAAUGUUCUGGUGUCCUCAAACGAUUGCGUAAAAUUAGGAGACUUUGGAUUAUCCCGGUAUAUGGAAGACAGUACUUACUACAAAGCUUCCAAAGGAAAGUUGCCUAUUAAAUGGAUGGCUCCAGAGUCCAUCAACUUUCGACGUUUUACCUCAGCCAGUGACGUGUGGAUGUUCGGUGUGUGUAUGUGGGAGAUACUGAUGCAUGGUGUGAAGCCGUUUCAAGGAGUGAAGAACAAUGAUGUGAUCGGUCGAAUCGAGAACGGGGAGAGAUUACCAAUGCCUCCAAAUUGCCCUCCCACCCUCUACAGCCUUAUGACGAAAUGCUGGGCCUAUGACCCCAGCAGGCGGCCCCGGUUCACUGAGCUCAAAGCUCAGCUCAGCACCAUCCUGGAGGAGGAGAAGGUUCAGCAAGAAGAACGAAUGAGGAUGGAAUCCCGAAGACAGGUCACAGUGUCCUGGGACUCCGGAGGGUCCGACGAAGCGCCACCCAAGCCCAGCAGACCUGGUUACCCCAGUCCACGGUCCAGCGAAGGAUUUUAUCCCAGUCCCCAGCACAUGGUACAGACCAAUCAUUACCAGGUGUCUGGCUAUCCUGGCUCACAUGGGGUCACAGCCACGGCUGGCAGCAUCUACCCGGGUCAGGCAUCUCUUUUGGAACAGACGGACUCAUGGAACCACAGACCGCAGGAGAUACCGAUGUGGCAGCCCAACGUGGAGGACUCUGCGGCCCUGGACCUGCGCGGGAUGGGGCAGGUGCUGCCCACCCAGCUGGUGGAAGAGCGGCUGAUCCGGCAGCAGCAGGAAAUGGAGGAGGACCAGCGCUGGCUCGAGAAAGAGGAGAGAUUCCUGGUCAUCCUGAAACCCGACGUGCGGCUCUCUCGAGGCAGCAUCGACAGGGAGGACGGGAGUCUUCAGGGCCCGACGGGAAACCAACACAUCUAUCAGCCUGUGGGUAAACCAGAUCCCGCAGCUCCGCCAAAGAAACCGCCACGGCCUGGAGCCCCCGGUCACCUGGGCAGCCUCGCCAGCCUCAGCAGCCCCGGGGACAGUUACAACGAGGGCGUCAAGCCAUGGAGGCUUCAGCCCCAGGAAAUCAGCCCCCCGCCCACUGCCAACCUGGACCGGUCCAACGACAGGGUGUACGAGAAUGUGACGGGCCUGGUGAAGGCUGUCAUCGAAAUGUCCAGCAAGAUCCAGCCAGCCCCCCCGGAGGAGUACGUUCCCAUGGUGAAGGAAGUCGGCCUGGCCCUGCGGACAUUACUGGCCACCGUGGACGAGACCCUUCCUGUCCUGCCAGCCAGCACUCACCGAGAGAUCGAGAUGGCCCAGAAGCUGUUGAACUCCGACCUGGGCGAGCUCAUCAACAAGAUGAAGCUGGCCCAGCGGUGCGCCAUGACCAGCCUACAGCAGGACCACAAGAAGCAGAUGCUGACCGCCGCCCACGCCCUGGCCGUGGACGCCAAGAACUUACUCGACGUCAUCGACCAGGCCAGACUGAGGGCACUCGGACACGCGAGGCCGCGCUGAGGGGCCCCCCGGGCCUCGGGGAGGACGCGCCCCGGCGCCCCGCCAGCAGCGAGGGGCUCCCCCGCGCCCGGGGCUGUGACUGACAGCCGGUUCAGAACCUCUCUCGGACAAAUUUAACCGCAUUUGAUUUGAGUUCGUUGUUUGGUUUUGUUUUUCUUUAAUCAUGGUGUUCGGAAAAGUCCAGGAUCCAAAAUGUGGCAUUUUUCUGAGAAUGAAAAUCGUUCGUGAGAAGCUUUCAAGAAUCACCAAGAACAGAUGACCGUCCCAUGAGGGCGUGUUUCCAUGGAAACGGCCCAGGCGGGGCCGUGCGUGCGGGACCUGAGCCAGCUCAGCUGCGCACAGGCAGAGGAGACCGGGCGGAGAAUUCCGGGAAACCCGAGGGGCUGAGAACUCUUCUGCGUGUGCAGAGUGGCCAGCCAGACCGGAGUUUCUGCUGUGAGGACGCCCUUCCGUCGCAGUACGCAAACAGCGCUCUAAGAGAACAUCAGAGCUAUAUUUUGAAGACUUGGGUCAUUUCAGAAACAAACAGAACAACAGCCACCCUUCUGUCCUUCCCGCCUUUUACUUUCCUGUUGGAUAUGUGAAGAUUCGGUUGGAAGCUAGCUGUAGACCACACUAAAAACUUUUGUCUUUUUUCACCAGAAUAAUGUGCCAGUUUUUUGUAGCAAUGUUAUUUCUCUUGGAAGCAGAAAUGCUUUGCACCAGAGCACCUCCAAACUGCAUUGAGAAGAAGUUCUGGAACCAUCCCUGUUUUCCAUUUUUAUAUAAUUUAUAAAGAAAGACGAAAGCCAUGUUGACUAUCUUGCAGCCACUAGAGCUGACUAACCCUUCCUUGUGUCUGUCUUCCCAGGAGGCGAGUAAGCAAAGCAGAGAGAGUUGGUUUUCUUUUGAUGUCCAGUUACACCAUCCAUUCUGUUCAGUAAUUUUGAAGAGUAUACCCUCCCUUUAGUUUGUCGGGGGAUAUAAAUUAUUCUCAGGAAGAAUAUAAUGAACUGUACAGUUACUUUGACCUAUUAAAAAGGUGUUACCAGUAAA